UACACCUAGAGUGGCAGAGAGAGAGAUAUGAAAACAGUUGCGCUGGAAAGCACAGAGGAACGGUGGAGUACCACUUAAACUAAUAAAAAAAAAAAUCAAGGGAAAAUAAAAUAACUCAAACAACCCUGGAGGAGCCAGAGACGGAGACUGCACAGCACGAGCAUGAGGCCACGAUGAGCUGUGCUCAGGCUGAACCAGAGGAUGGCUCUGCUAAUGCCAGCAUUAAUAAUAACACCAUACUCAAUGGCACCACCAAUGAUGAGUUGGAGUGCAAAAUCUGCUACCAGCGCUACAAUGCACACAACCGCAAGCCCAAGAUUCUGGACUGCUUGCACCGUGUGUGUGCCAGAUGCCUCAAUAAGAUCCUUGACAUUGGGGAUGGUUCAAGCUCCAUCAGCUGCCCUUUCUGCCGUCACGAGACGCAGGUCAGUGAGUACGAAGUGGCCGGGCUGCCAGAUGACUCGAACAUCAUGUCCCGUCUGGCCGUGCGUGACAAGUCCUGGAGCUCGGACCACAGUAAGGAGGUAGUGCUGACGCCAAAGAGCUUGUCCUCCAAUGAUAGCCCAUCCCACGAUUCCUCUAACUGCCUGGUCAUCACCAUCAUGGAGGUGCAACGGGACCAGCAGCGCUCGCCCAGUCAAAAUGGCAGCUCUGAUUUCUACGGCGACCACAGUUUGGACUCAGUCUCCGUAGCAUCCAACAGCGGUGCGGUGGACCAAGACGCACUAUCUAAGUUCUGCAAUCAUGUGCCGCGGGUAUUAGUGUGGCUGUUGGGCUUUUUCUACUUCGGUUCGCUGCCACUUGGCAUCUACUUGCUGGUGAUCCAGAGAGUGACUCUUGGGAUUGUGUGCGUGAGUCUGGUGCCAUCCAGUCUCACAGUCUGUCUGGUUUACGGCUUUUGCCAGUGUCUGUGCCAGGGCAUGUGCGACUGCUCUAACAGGGGGUGACUGGUACGAAAUAGGCCACUCACCCCAUUGAGAGGAGAUAAUAAUAAGCUCUAGGCAUCUGAAUAUCCUCAUUGCAAAUCAAAUGCUAUAUGUACCUUCUUGCUUUGAAAAGAUGUGUACAAGCAGCUGUGAUAAGAGGAUAAGUCAAGCAUUAAAGAGGAAGGUCAGUCAGGACGAAACACUAUUAGCUUAGCAUAGCUUAUGCACACACCCUUCAAGCUCAUUUUGAAGUAAUAAAGCUGACUUAAGAAAGUUCUCCAUGCCGAUCAGACGAUGGUGCAUGAGUGGGAGUUUAUCAAAGCGGAGAAGAUGGACUUUAUGUGUACAGCCAGGCAGAGCGGAUGGGCCAUAAAGAAUAAAGUUUUAUUGUGGUUGAUUCUCAUCGCUGUGAAAUGAACUGCGUGCCCUGAUUAUCAAUGAAAAGGCUCCAUGAGCUGCACUGUUACAGGUUAAUACGACUGGAAUAGUCUGUCUGGUUAAAGACUUUGGUAACACUGCAAUAAGGUUCAUUAGUUAACAUUAGUUAAUGUACUAACUAACAUUAACUAACAAUGACCAAUACAUUUGUUGCUGUAUUAUCUUUGUUAAAUGUUAGUUAAUACAAAUACAGCUGUUCAUCACUUGUUCAUGUUAGUUCACAGUGCAUUAACUAAAGUUAACAAAUACAAUGUUUGAUUGUUAUAAACGUCUAAGUAAAUGUUGGAAUUAAUAUUAACUAAGAUUAAUAAAUGCUGUAGAAGUAAUCUUCAUUAGUUCAUGUAAAGUAAUGUGGUUAACUAAUGUACCUUAUUGUAAAGUGUUACCAAUAUUUCUACUGUAGGUAUUACAAAGUGAAAGGGUGGGUAACUACCGA